AUGCACGGUAUCACAGAGUCAAUAGUCGAGGCUUUUGCCCAACACUGGCCUCUUAUUACCACCACACUUCUAUUGGCUUGGAUUGUGAGGAAUCGUUACAGAAAUGGACUGAACAAGCAUCCCGGCCCUUUUCUCGCAUCCUUGACAGACUGGUGGCGAUUCUACGAUGUCUGGGGUCAACGCCCAGAAAACACCCACAUUGCUCUCCACAAGAAACACGGCGAUGUUGUCCGUCUCGGCCCCAACACGCUGUCUUUUGCAGAUCCCGCCGCUCUCAAGACCAUCUACGGACUGAACAAGGGCUUCGUCAAGUCUGACUUUUACAUUGUCCAACAGUCUAUCGUACAGGGCAACAGACUGCAGUCCCUCUUCAGUACCACCGACAAUGGCUUCCACUCGCAGUUCCGUCGUUGCGUCAAUUCGGCCUUCUCCAUGUCCGCCCUUGUUCAGUAUGAACCCUUUGUCGACAACACGACGAAGCUGUUUCUCGACCAGACCGAGAAGUUCUUCGCAGGGAAGCCUGAGGGAUGUGACUUUACUCGCUGGCUGCAAUUCUAUGCCUUUGAUGUCAUUGGCGAGAUCACCUACAGCAAGCGUCAUGGAUUUGUCGAGAAGAACGAGGACAUUGACGGUAUUGUCGACUACCUCGGCAAACUGUUCCUCUACGUGGCUCCGGUCGGCCAGAUUCCCUUCCUCGACCUCCUGCUCCUGAAGAAUCCCGUCUACCUCAAGCUUUCGCAAUGGGGGCUCAUCGACUCGACAUUCCCCGUGGCCCGCUUUGCCCGCGCUCGCAUGUCUGAACGUCUGCCCGCUCUUCUGGACCAGGAGAAGCCGCUCCUCCCUUUUCUUGCCGCCCGCGAGUCCCGCCCUGAGUUCAUGAGCGACACUCUGGUCAAGACCAUGGCUAUUGACGACGCUGCGCGGAAGGGGAAGUUCGAGGACACGACUACGGGGCUUGUCACUUGGAACGAGGCACGAGAGCUGGAGUACCUAGAUGCGUGCGUCAACGAGGCCUUCCGACUGCAUCCCGCCCCUGGCCUGCCGCUCGAGCGUAUCGUGCCGCCCGGCGGUUCAGAGAUUGCCGGCGUUUUCGUGCCCGGAGGCACGAUUGUCGGAUGCAACGCGUGGGUGAUUCACCGCAACAAGGCGGUGUUCGGCGACGACGUCGAGGUAUACCGGCCUGAGAGGUGGCUGAUUGGCCAGGGCAGGAACCCGGCAGAACUCAGCAAGGAGGAGCUGGAAUCCGAGGACAGGAGGGUCAAGGAGAUGAAGGGAACGAUGCUCCAGUUCGGCAUGGGAAGCCGCACGUGCAUCGGCAAGAACAUCAGUCUGCUGGAGAUUUACAAGGUGGUACCGAGUCUGCUGAGACGCUUCGACAUCAACUUUCAAGAUCCGUCGCGAGACUGGGAGAUUGUCAAUGCUUGGUUCGUCAAGCAAAACAACUUCUGGGUUACGUUUGAUAAGAGGGAUAUUGUGCAACCGGUGGCGGCCUAG